AUGUCCAGGGUAGUUAGUGAGACUACUGAUGAGCCUGUGGAGACGGAACUUUCAGCGUCUGUAGCUGAGUACAUGUUGGCAAUGCAUAAGCGUUUAACGGCUUAUCAGUAUAGAACUCCAGUUGUGGAGUUAGAUGAGCCGCAGGAAACCCAGCCAUCUGUGGUAGGUGGGGGCGUGGCCAGGGUAGUUAGUGAGACUAGUGAUGAGGCUGUGGAUACGGAACUUGCAGCACCUGCAGCUGAGUACAUGUUGGCAAUGCAGGAGCGUUUAACGGCUUACCAGGAUAUAACUCCAGUUGUGGAGUUAUAUAAGCCGCAAGGAAACCCAGCCAUCUAUGGUAGGUGGGGGCAUGGCCAGGGCAGUUAG